UGUGAAGAAGAAGAGGCUCAAUACCUGACAGAAAAUGGCUGACUGAGUGUGGGAAUAAUUACGUUUGGCUCCAAGCACAGUUUUAAGGCGUCCCGAGUCCUGAGCAUGCACUGUUGCAUUUAGCAGAGAAACACUAUGUUUAAAAAGGCGAAACGAGCUAACUUCCGACGGAGGAAUGAGUCCGACGAGGAGGAACAGGAGGAGGGCAGACAGCCGCCGCUGCAGCCGACAUCGUUUGGGCCUGUCGUGGAGGAAAUCCCGUUUAUGGAGACCUCCAAUAACAGCGUUACCGGAGCGCCUAGCUGUACGGACAGCUAUCAUAGCAACGGCUUUCAGGCUAACGUUAACAGUAUAAGAGCUGUCAAGAAAGAAAAGAAAGUCAAAGAAAUACCCACUGUGGUGCCCGUACCCACAAAAGCCAGCUUGUUGAGUUUCGACGAUGAAGAAGAAGGCUCGGAGGUGUUCAGAGUGAAGAAAUCCAAUCACAGCAAGAAGAUUGUCAAACAGCUGAAGAAGGAAUACAAGGAGGAUCUGGAGAAGUCUGGAUCUGUCAGAUCGGACUGCAGAUCAGAUGCUCUACUUCAGCCUGUGGUUGCCAUCAAAGAGGAAGUUACUAGCAGAGCGGGUAGUGAACAGGGGGAGGAAGAAAUGGAGGUGGACAGUGCUGAUGAGCAGGAGGAAGAGGCAAAAAAUCAAGGUGGUCAGACACAUAGUCAAGUCUCCAAGAGCAACGACACUGGAGCAACGUUCAACACGCUUUCCUCCCUAGGCAGCCUGAGACCAGGGGAGAUCCCUGAUGCUGCAUUCAUCCAUGCUGCCAGAAAGCGCCGGCAGCUGGCUAGAGAGCUUGGGGGUGAUGCCCCUCUGGUAGAGACAGAGGCUCCCAAGAAACGUCUAGUCGGAGAAGAUCAAGAUGCCAGUGACGAUGAAGACGAGGAAGAGAAAAGGAUCCGCUUCAGCGGAGUCAAGAACAAAAGCCAGAGACAAAAGAUAGCUGAGGAGAUAGGUAUUGAGGGUAGUGAUGACGAGGCACUGGACACAGGUCAGGAUGAGGAGGUGAGCCGUUGGGAGCAGGAGCAGAUUCGGAAAGGAAUCAGCAUACCCCAGGUCCAAAGCAACCAGCCAGAGGACAACACUGUCUACUACCAGAACAGCUAUGAGAGCCAGCCCUACGGCGCUUCCUACAGCAUGCCAUUCACCUACAGCACAGUGGCACCACAGACUGGCAAGCCGGCUGGCCGAGCAGACAAUGGCUCUGUUCACUACGGGGUCCCUAUUAGUGAUCUGACUCCAGUAUCCAUUGAUCUGGUAAAGAAACGCCUGCGAGAUAGGCUCAGCCAAAUGCACGCAGGCAACAAUGCAAACAUCAAGCGAUACAAACAGAUCGAAGAAGACCUAGCUGCCUCUGAGAGCACCAUACAGCAGCUGGAGGGCUCAUCCAAUGACAAUGCAGAUCAAUAUAAAUUCUUGCAAGAGAUGCGAGGGUAUGUUGGAGACUUGCUUGAGUGUUUCAGUGAAAAGGUGCCUGCUGUCCUGGAGCUGGAAGCUGCCAUGCACCAGUUACUAAGGCAACGGGCCUCACGACUUGUCCAGAGAAGACAGGAUGAUAUUAAAGAUGAAUCGUCGGAGUUUGCAAGCCUUUCAAAUAAAGCUGUCAUGGCACCUAAUCUAGACUCAUUUGGUCGAGACCGCGCAGCAUACCAAGAGAACAGUCGUCAGAGGAGGAUAGCAGAAAGAGAAGCACGACGAACUCGCCGGCGACAAGCUAGAGAGCAGAAUGGAAAGAGGGCUGAGCAUAAAGAAGGCUUAUCGUCUGAUGAUGAGGAAACCUCUACUGACGUUACCAGCUUCAACAUGGAGAGAGAUCGUAUCACCAGGGAAUGUAAGAAAAUAUUUGAAGAUGUGGUGGAGGACUUUCAUUCUCUCGACUGCAUCAAAUCCCAUUUUGAAGUCUGGAGAAGAGACUACGCAGAUUGCUACAGAGAUGCUUACAUAGGCCUCUGUCUGCCCAAACUCUUUAAUCCUUUAGUCCGUCUGCAGCUGAUUACAUGGAACCCUCUCGAGGGGCAGUGUGCGAACUUCGAGUACAUGCUCUGGUUUGAGUCGCUUUUGUUUUACGGCUUUGAGGAGCACAGCACUUUGCAGAGAGGAGAUGGAGAUAUCAGCUUGCUGCCUGCCAUCGUGGAGAAGGUCAUCCUCUCCAAACUGACAGUGUUGGCAGAGCAAGUGUGGGACCCGCUCUCGAGCAGUCAGACGGCCAAUCUGGUGGGCUUCAUUCACAGACUAAUGAAAGGUUACCCCACUGUGCUGCAUGGGGACAAUCGAUACACACAGGAGCUUUUGAAAACUAUUGUCUUUAGGACCAGGCGGACUCUGGAUGAAGAUGUGUUCCUUCCACUCUACCCCAAAAAUGUUUUGGAGAACAAGAAUAGCGGUCCCUACUUAUUCUACCAGAGGCAGUUCUGGUCUUGUGUGAAGCUGCUGGGAAACAUCCUGCAGUGGGAAGGUAUCUUAUCCAGUUCGUGUCUGCGGGAUCUGGCUUUGGACAGCACUCUGAACAGAUACAUCCUCUCUGCACUGCAGACCACAGAUACUGGGGAAGACAACGUUCCAAAGUGCCAGAAGGUGGUGGAGUGUUUACCCGUGCAGUGGUUCUCUGGGCUGAAGGGCCAGCAGACGUUGCCUCAGUUGGAGCCAUUAUGUCGCUACCUCACUCACCUGGCCAACUCAGUGCACCGCAGCAGUUUGGGAGCGUCUGACGUGGAACGACGUGCUGCCAAGGACCAAGUCAAAGAGGUUGUGAAGAUGUUGGGCCACUUGAACGCCCUGGACCACAUUAUCACCGUGGCAGCAGAGCAUGGUAUUAAAGACAUUAAGCAAUUUUUGGAAGCCAAGUCGUAAAGGAGGACAACAACACUUUUUUUUUUUUUUUUUUGGUGUGUGUUCAGCACAUUUGGGGACAUGGCAUCACUAAGCUGGAUUCAUGGAGGAAAAAAAAAGUGUGUGUGAAUAAAACUCAACAGUUGUUACAUUUUACUGAAAAUAGAAGGUAAAAAAAAUCUUGGUGUAAAUAUUGUGUAUAAUGUAUAGAAAUGUGUGCUCAUGCACCCAUCAACGCAAGGCCGAUGCUUAAACGAGGCCUUGUAUUGUCAGCUCCAAACUACCACUCAAGUUAUACUACAUGCUGGCAAUGUUUUAAACGCAUAAUUUAUUAAGAGGAAACAAUUGUUGACAUGGGUCACUGGCAUCUGUUUUGGAAAACAUCUGAUCCCUGAAUUCACACUAUAUUCAACCUGGAUAUCUGUAAACCGCUAAACCAUUACCUCUCUCACAUGCUCCUUUUCUUCCGUAUGUGCCAAAAGAACUUUCAGAACUGCACACUGGCAAAGACUGACGAGCAGCUUGCCUCCCAGUGCUCUGCGGGGCAGUUGAUAUGGUUGUUUUCCCCCACUUCAUCCCACUGUACUCGCGUCACUCUAUGGACUGGCCCCCGAUGACCCUACCAGAGCUGAGAGCUUUGUAUUCAGAUUUGUAAAACUUUUUUUGUUUUAGAAUUUUAUUUGCCUGACAAUAAAAUAUCCACUUGAA